AUGAUCCGCCUCAUUCAGUACUCGGUUUUGCUUACCUACUUGGCCGCCAGUGUUUUCCUUCCUCACGUCAACGGUGCAGUGUGCAAGGCCAAGAGUAAUUCGCAGAACAACGCUGUUACACUGUCUUCGGCCGGCGGUUCCCUUAGCGAGACUUCGGCCAAGCCAGUGCUCAAGACGGAUGCGAGUUCGUCGCCCAUUCUCCCUGGACUGGCGGCCACCCCUGCCGUGCUGGCCGAAGUUCCUCAGUGGCAGGGUGGCGGCCCCCCCUGUCCUCCAUUCCUGACCGACAUCAAAUGGGACGUUAUCGAUGCCCAAAUCAUUUUAAGGACCGAACCUGACGGCGUCGUACGACUGAGUGGGGACAGGAUGUGUUGCAUGGGCAGAUGCGAGAGCUGGAGCAAGGCGGACGGGACGACCAUCACCACUACCUGGGCUAACACCUUUGAAGCCGCCGUGGGCUUUGAGCCCAAAGCGGCUGUCACGGGCCUCUUCAAGUCCAUACCUUUCAAGCCCUCCUUCAAGGACUCGGUCACAUACACAUAUGCGGUUGCCACAUCACAGUUGACAACGAGCACUUGUGACAACCAACCGCCCCUUGCGGGAAAGAACUGCCAAGCCGUCCUGUUCCAGCCAUACGUUCUUCGCGUGCAAUACAACGCGACCGUUACGCAGCGGUGCGGCGCUUUCUCCGACAACGAUAAUGGUCCGCCACCGGCUGCCCCGAUCUACCUGUACAAUAAAACAGUCGAUAUCCCCCUAGUAUACUCCGUGAAUGGCAAGGACGGCGCUCCUUACGGUGUCAACGACUGUUGGGGGGACUGCCUUGCCCCCGAUGUGGCCAAGCCAGGCUGUGAGGCCAACAAAACAGCACCGUCAGCCUCUGGUGGAAGCAGCGGCGGCAACACUGUCACCAUCAAUGGAGACGGCAACAACGUGACGUGCGUGCAUAGUGCUUUGGAGUCGCAGAUCACUAAUGCGGGCCAACUCCAGAAUUAA